GGGUGAGCAGUGACCACCGCGCCAGAUCAGGGCCACCACCCACCGCAUUCAGGGGCAACAGCAACAGCAGCCAAGGAGGGGAAGACGAAGCAGUGGCAGCAGCAGCGGCAGCGAGAACCCGACGCCGUAAUGGCGGCGGGGAGGUGGGGGAGGCGUCGCCCUGAGCCCGUCUUUCGCAGCUGUUCCUGGGACCUUCUCCGACGAAUGGCCCAUCAAGGAGUGCCUAAGUUUGGAAGCUGGGAGGAUGAGGGUGAUCACCUUUACACACAGUAUUUCGAAAAUGCUCGUAAGGGCAAAUCUCCAGGUAGAUCUGCUAGUCAGAAUGACCACAGUGGAGACCCGGAAGCACUCUCCAAGGAUUCACCAUCAGCUAAAGCUUCUCCCCUGAGGACUGGGUCGGAUCCUGUGGUGCAAAAGCCCAAGGAUGAAAGACGUGCCAACAGAGAAGAUGAUCUUCGUCGGCACGAGGCCCCUGCUCGAAGACCGUAUGCUGAGUCAGCAACUCAUAAGCACGGUGUCAAUACCAGCUAUGACAGUGCAGCAAGAAAAACUGGCAUGGAGAGAUCGCCUCUGCAUCCUCACCACCAAGCUAGAGUUGUAAACAAAGGAGGGGUUUCAUCUCCUUCAUGGGAACGCAGGGGUUCAUCCGAAGGACACCGUGGAACUGCGCCCACCACACCUGGAAGGUCCAAGAUGAGACCAAGUGGCCGUGGAGAUGAAACGCCUGAGAGGGGAUCAGCUGUGCCCAAGUUUGGAGAAUGGGAUGAGAAAGAUCCCUCCACAGGUGAAGGUUUCACCGACAUAUUUAACAAAGUGAGGGAGGAGAAGCAGUCUGGCGAUGCUCCUGUCUUCACCAGUGACACAGGUUAUAACCGCUCCAAUCAAGGCCGCAAAUAUGAAUCCUCAGGUUGCUCAUGCUUCAGUUGGUUCAGAAACUGAUGCUUCCUUGCAGGGUUGCUACUCAUGCUUCAGUUGGUUCGGAAACUGAUAGGUGUCGUUGAAGAUUGGAUGAACCAGUGCCGAUUGUAUCAUUGUCAUUUGAGUUUGUGCCCCCGUUGUGUUGUCCCUGUUGUAAUACUUGCUGUGUGGUAGCAAGACGUGGCAGAGCAUGACUUUGAGAACUUGAGGUUCAGUAGUUUGAGCUGUUUUUGUAACAUGCGAUUUGCUUCUCUAUAGAAUCAUGCAAACCUGCUUGAUUGCCAGUA